AUGGUACAUAGAGGAAGAACUUUGAAAUCAGACGCUGAAAUAGCGUCUCCUAUUGCAUCAACAGUAUCACACCAAUCAAAACCAUUUAGACAGUUUUCGACUAGGUCGAGAGCAAAGAGUAACGCAAGUUUCAAAGGUUUGCGCAGAGUUCUAACUCAUGAUGGUACACUGGACAAUGAUUAUUUCAAUAAACAUAACAUCUCUCAAAAAUGUAAGAGUACUGAUGCACUUUUCAGAAAGCGAACAAUCAGUGGGUUGAAUAUGACAGCUUUAACAAGAGUAAAAUCCAACCAAGGAAAAAGAUCAGCGUCAUUUCACAGUCCGGUACAUAACACCUUACUAAGCCCGAAGAGUAGUAGUCACUCUAAUUCCGGAGGCGGUGGUUUCAGUCUAAAACCACGUAGAAGCAAAAGCACUCAAUCCGUUCUGAGUCUUCGAGACGCACAAGCAUCUAACAAAAAUGAAUCUACUACUGAUGAAGAGGUAGAAUACUUUUCUGAAGAUAAUGUAGAAGAUGAAAAGAUGAAAAACGAUAGAAUAAGAACCGAACAAAUUAUGUCUGAACAGAAAAAAAAUACACCACAUUUAAGCCAUAAUAAAUUACAAUCACCUGAUACAAUAGAUGAAAAAGAAGAACGUAAAUCAUCUAUAGAUCGGAACGAAAAAUACAGAGCCGUUUCGCUACCAUUACCUCACUUGUCAUCUAAUGACUACCCCAGAGAAACAAGCCAGUCUGUAGAACUCCAGCAUAAUGGACAAGAGGCACCAAGCUUAACGGAAACAAAGCUAAUCAAAGAAAGUAUUAUUAAUGAACAGGAACAACCAAAUUCAAUAACAGGAUCUGACGUUGGUGUCAAAUCCGACGAUUCUAAAAAAUUUAAGCUUUCAUUGGAGAAAUCAGGCGAUGGCAUUUCACAUGCGUCAUCUAAUACACAAGAAAAGAUUCUUGAUGUCGGUAACACAUUAGAUGCUCAUAGGGAUAAUCAUGUACCAAGCCAUUCGGAAGAACAGUUUGAUCAAGAAGAUCAUAUUGAUGCUCCUAGGAGUAGUUCAUCAAGAAAAAGUGAUUCAAGUUUUAUGCCCCUCAGAAGACAAAGUUCGAAACAGCACAAAUUAUUGAACGAAGAGGAAGACUUAAUUAAGCCUGGUAAUAUAUCUUCCACUGAUGGCAAUGUUAAGGAUAUCGAAGGAAAUAGUAUAUUGGAAAAUUAUGUACCUAAUAUGAUCCUUUCCCAGUCGACUGGAGUUGAACGUAGGCUUGAAAAUUUACCAUCCAUUCAAAAUUCUCUUGGAAAUGAAAUUCACAGCUCUGGUGAACGUAUGAACUUAGAGGAUACUUUUAAUGGCCUUGAUGAUGACAAAUUGCGUAGUAGCACAAAAAAUGUCAGGCAAUCUCAACUUGGUCAAAAAAUACCAAACUCUCAAUCUAUUUUUCCUCCUGCUACUAACAACACCAGUAAAGAUAACAACGUUCCUCAGCAUAGCUUUUCGACUUCCAUAUCCAGCUUAACAAAUAAUUUGAGGAGAGCAGCUCCUGAAAGCUUCCAUGGUUCAUCAAGAAUAAAUAGUAUUUUUCAUAAAAAAGGUAACCAGAGUUUACUUUUAAGAUCAAAUGAUACUGGCAAGAAUGCAGUAGCCUUAAACUCUCCAUUGUCCCAUGAACAUUCCACAUCGAGUACUAAUGUCAAUGGCAAUGCCAACAAACAAUCUGACUCCGGUACCAAAUUUAAUAGUUUUGCUCAGUUCCUUAAAUCUGACGGAAUUGAUGCAGAAUCAAGAACACAAAGAAAAUUAUGGUUACAGAGAGAAAAUUCCAUCAUGGAUUUAAGUUCGCAAAACGACAGUAGUGACUCUAUCUUUAUGGCGGGAAAUAUUGACGCAAAAAGAGAGUUUGAAAGAAUAUCUCAUGAAUAUUCUAAUGUAAAAAGAUUCUACAACCCACUUGAUGAAGCGUUGUUGCGAAUAGAGCCUACGAUGCCAGGGAACGCAAAAAAUAUCAGGAAAAAAAGCCAUAACGAUGGGCAGUCUAUUGCUCAUUCCAACGAUACAACAGACCAUAAGGAUGAGAAUGAUUUACUUUUUACUGAUUAUGACAAAAAAUUUGAUAAUCUUUAUCCACAUCUUGCAAAUGCUAAAAUUCAAGCAGUGUUAUCCAGUAUAUGGAAAAACGAAAGUUACUCAUUUAACAAAGACGUUAAUCCAAUCAACAAGAAUAGAACGUCGAGUACAAACCAUAGCAUGAGCCACGCUGCUUCACAGAAUACCCGUAACUUGCUAAGAGGUCCGAUAGGUUCCAGUACCACUUUGCAUCACCAACGCGUCAUUAAUUCUCUGCAGCCAACUACAAGAGCGGUGAAUCGCAGAAUGGAGAAUGUUGGUUACAUGCAUACUCAGCAACAACAAAGGUGA